UAGGGUUUAUGAGAGGGUGAAUAAUGGACAGGAUAUCGGAGUUGCCAAAUGACGUGUUGCGCAAGAUAUUGUAUUUCCUGUCCCAAAAGGAAGCUACUCGAACCUCUGUCUUGUCCAAACAAUGGCGUUACAUUUGGUGCACUCGCCCUAAUCUUGAUUUUACAUACACACCACCUUCAAGGGAGGAUGAAUAUUAUUACCGUGUUCGAAAUAGAGAAAAUAAAAUAGAAUUUCUAACCAUUGUCGACAAUACUUUACAGCGAUACAAUGAUCAAGGUGUGUGCGUGGAGGAAUUUCACCUCUCUAUAUCGCUCGGCAAUUUGGUUUACGAUUUGGAUUAUGAAUCCGUACCGUUUCUCGAGAAAUGGUCCCGGUUACUAAAAAAUACGGGUACGAAGAAAUUCCAUCUCUCUAUUAUCUCGGAGCAUUGCCGGGGUCGGGUCGAACUGCCACCUGUCGUAUUUGGAUCCGAAUCCCUCCAACUUUUGCAUGUCGAAGAAUUCCUGCUGGAUGAAAAGUCUAUUGAAAGAUUAGUAACACUCAAGCAUCUAAAAUCACUUACUCUCCAACGAGUCUCGAUCAAGGACGAGGUUAUUUUACGGAAAAUAAUCUCGAACUGCCCCUUGAUCGAAAAUUUAGAUGUCCACGGAAUUUUAAGCUUCAAAAGACUUAAGGUGGUGAAUGAUAUUCGCAAUCUCAAGAAAUUGAAAUUUUAUUUCGACUUGUCUUGUCGAAUAUGGGAUGAGGAACUUUGCAGCAUGGAAAUCCACUACCCAUCUCUCGAAACCAUUAACAUCAGUAACGGUAAUAUUUUGUUGAUCAAUGGAGCACAUUUUUUUAGCCUGAAAGACUUAAAACUCGCAGGUGUCGAAUCGUCAUUGUGCCACUUGUCGUCGUGUGAAUUCCCCAGUCUUGAAAACUUGGAAUUCUUCUAUUGUGAUGGACUCAAAGGAAUUCGGGUAUUUAUCGAUGCCCCAAACAUGGUCAAUUUUAAAUAUUCAGGAAAUUUUGUCCCAUCCAUCUCUAUUGCAACGACUUCCAAAGAGUGGGAAUCGUAUAUACGCAUAGCGUGCAUUGACGCCCCUUUGUUUUUCGUCAUGCUGAAAGAAAUGCUCGAGUUGUUAAGCCAAUCCGAAAUUUAUCUGAAUGUUAAUACUUGGUCUUAUUCUAAUAACUAUAUAAUUCCGGAGAAUAAUGAUGGUGAUAAAUAUGUUGUGGUCGAGAAUUUGAAGAUUAUUUUUCUUUCAUCUUAUUUUCGGUCUCUUUUAAAUGGGUUUCUUAGUAUUUGUCGGCCAAGAUACGUAGGGGAGUUCCCGUUCUACGACGAUGAAGAGAACAGCUGGGUGAUGGAACUUAUCGAGCGUGUGUGGAAGAUUCUAACUGAAGAGAGAGAAACUCGAGAAGACAAUAAUAAUGUAGAUCAAUUCAAAAAUAAUGAGUUGUGGUGGUUUCGAGAUUUGGAGGAAGUGAAAUUGGAGGUUUAUCAUAGUAAUCGAGAAGAAUGGCAUACGACAACUUUAUCUGAAUUGCCGAAUUAUGACCGGUGUGAAUUUGAUUAUAUUCGCAUUGCUUUGAAAUGGAGAGAAACUUAAUAUAUCGUCGAUUAAAAUGGAGUGAAGCUCGUGAGUCGAGUUCUAAGCUUCACAAGUUAGAACCGGUUUAUUUAAUUUUCGUAUUCGAUAGUUUACGGUAAUUCAGAUUACAGCUUUUGUUCUUGACACUAGAUUGCAAGUUUAAAAUUAUCCUAAUUAUUCAAUUUCUUAAAAAUUGUCUUUAGAAUAUA